AAGUGCAUGUCCCAGAAACAGGAAGUCCCAGUAGUUAGUUAACAUAAGAUAACUGAGAGCCACCAGCAAAGCGUGAAUAUCUUUUAUAAACAUGGCAUUACGACUUCUUUUUCCUAUGCUGAUUUGGAUUCUCAAAAUGCGCUUUACUUCAUGCGCUGGGGUUAAAGUUCCGAGAUUGUUUUUUCACGACACCGUCUUUGUGGCAAUCACGGGUGAAGAUCUCCACGUUCAUUAUCAGCUGACCAUCCCGGUCAACCAAAGCAAAGGCUUUUUGACGUGCUUUGACCCCUACAACCAGGUGAUUUUUAAAGACGAAUUUUCUGCAACUCGAGGCCAUGCUUUGAUCACCAACGCCGUGGUGCAUCUGGAAAUGCUCCUGACAUCAGGAGAAUAUCAUUGCCAGUAUAAGGUGGCCAAAGCGUACUUUUUUCUUCGAUUGAGAGAUCACGGCUACACGGAUCUCGAUAUGGUGGACUACACAAACUUCAUAGUGUUGGCCUCCUUCUGCGGUGUGUUGCUGGUUUUUAGUGUGUUCAGCUCUGUGUAUGUCUUCAGAGGAUCUUGGACAAAACAAAUUCCCGAAUGUGGCAAUCCAAGCAACAAUCGAAAGCAGAACAAUGAGCGAACGCAAGCAGAAGAGCCUAAGGAUGACAGCAUGGGUGGAAUAGCUUCUUCCACAGCUCUCUAUGCCAGUCUUGAGCCGCGACCUCGCUCCAUUUAUGAUGUGCUUGACCGCUCAGCUGUCAACACAGAGUCACAGCAGAAGAAGCCUCCUCCCAACCCAAAAACCAGCCAGAAACCGGGGGAACAAAGCGCACAAGCACAAGAGGAAGGCGUAUUUGAGUCUGUCUAUGAGAAUUUCUGAAUCCUAAAGAAUCCUGAGUCAACCCUGGCUGACAUUGGAACCCAUAAAGAAAUAAAUGAUAUACUGUAUAUACUGGAAAGACACAGAAUGUAUAUUUAUUUUUGAAUGACGAUUAAAAGUAUCUAAAUCAUCAUGUAAAAAUACACUGAUAUGCCAGAGCCUUUAUAUGCAGGCAAAUUUGCAAUAUAAAUCUGUGUCUAAGCAAUGUCUAUCAUUAUAAUCCGAUGUUAAAAAUCCAUAAAUGUUUUCCAUGAACUCUAGAGCUAGAAAGCACUUAAACAUAUUCAGCAACAUUAUUCAGCAUUUUUUCUGUAAAUUAAUUGUUUCUGUCUAUUAACUUAACUAACUAAUUAAGUUCGCCAUGUUGGGGAUCUAAGUGUAGUUUUGUUUGAAUGUCUGUCUGAAUAAACAGAUUUAAUAACCAACAACAAA